GAUCACCCUUCACCCAUUUACCCACCAGGGUCCUUGCUACUUAAGGACUCUGUUAGUAUCUGAAAGAACUACUCUACUCAACUCCUCAAAGACCAGACCCUCUCCUGCACUUGGAUUCAGGGUCUUCAUACUCUGUUGGAUCAGACAUCCAGCUCCAUCAUCCAGUGAGGACUGCAGAGGUCAUCAUGCCCUCCGACUUUCUGACUCCGUUCCUGGAGCUGGAUGAAGAGUUCUGCAAGGUGAGAGCAACUACUUACAAAAUUAGAAAUGCACAGAAGAUGCAAAGAUUGACCCUCAACCUCGUACAGUAAAGUAGUUUUAGACAUGAGGCAAUACAAAUUUAACAAAGAUGCUGCUCAGUUGAUCAGUUCUUAUUGUAGACAUAUUGAACAUUUUGGACUUAAACCCAGUUCACAAAAUCUAGGAGAAUUGCUAACUCUUUGAAAAAGUAAGGCAUGUUCAAAAGGAGUCAGUGUGAUAAAGUAUCACUGUUCAUUGUGCUUUUUAAAGCAUCUUGAAAAGACACUGAUUUACAUGAAUAUCGACAGUGAUGUGUAAAAUUAAACAUAUGUCAAUAGAAACACAUAAAUUAUGUACAAUUGACCUCCAACAGCCCUUUUGUAUGAUUCAGCUGUUUUAGCCUGAGAUGAUUUUAGGACAUAAAACAACUUGUUUCAAGUGUCACCUGUCCUGUUGACUCAGCCAAAGGUUUAAACUCUUUUCAGAUCGGCCCUCCAAGCCUCACUCCAGCGCACCAGGAAUGCAAAGAGCUCACAUGUAUUCUUCUCUUUUCUUUUGUUUGACAGAAUUUCCGCGGCCUGGAGGUGACAGAUGGUUCUCCUACUAGCACAGAGCAGCAACGUCAGCAGCACAGUCUGAGGGUCCUCGGCUUCCAGCGACGUCAUUCUCUGUGCCCCGUGACCCUCCCCAACUCCAAGUUCAACAGCAGCAGCAGCAGCUCUGAGGUGAGCGACCCAGCCUGCUGGGGGCUCAAUGUGGCCUCUACCCAGCAGUGGAGCAGAGAGGGCCAGCUUCCCCGCUCCUCACUCAGCCACAUUCCCUUCAGGGUUGAUCGCUCUAUCAGUAUGAUCGAGGGUCACAUCAGUGGGCUGACAGGCAGAGAGGACAAAGUGGCAAACAUGUCUCCACCACUGCUGCUCCCUCCACCGGGCCUCUGUAUCAGCAACACCUCCCUUUCUUCUGCUGCUUCUCCCUCUGCCUCCAGACCACCAGCCCCUGCACCUCACAUCUCCACCCGCUACAAGACUGAACUCUGCCGCACUUUUGAGGAAAGCGGGACCUGCAAGUAUGGUGCUAAGUGCCAGUUUGCUCACGGCAUGGAGGAGCUGAGAGGUCUCAGCAGACACCCCAAGUACAAGACUGAGCCUUGCCGCACUUUCCAUACCAUCGGCUUCUGCCCCUACGGCGCCCGCUGCCACUUCAUCCACAACGCAGAUGAGCUCCAGGCUGGUAACACUUCCCCCAAUCCCCCUCAGAAACAGAAGCUGAGGCCUCCUCUGCUGCGCCACAGCCUCAGCUUUGCAGGCUUCUCCUCCUCACAGACCUUCCAACCUGUGGAGGAGCUGCAGCCCUCCUCCCUCCUCUUCACCCGGGCCUCCUCUGUCUCCCCUCCUCCCUCCUCCACUGGAAGCCCAGAGCUCCUCUCCCCACUCUUCCCUGAGCCUGGAACCCUGAAGCACUGCCCUCACCCCUUCUCUGGUAUCACAGACCUUUCAGGUGACAGCGGUGACUUGGCCAUGCACUUCUUGGCCGUGUCUGAUACCAUCAACACCAGGUGUGCCAGCUCCUUCAUGACCUCCAAAUCCCCAAAUCUCUCUUUUCAGCUCCCUCAGCAGCGCCCUGUCUUGAGUGCACCCCCUGGUUUGCAGCGCUGCUCCUCAGCCGACUCUCUCUCUGAGGAGGGCUACACCUCCUCCUGCUCCCUCAGCUCUUCCUCCAGCGGCACAGAGUCUCCAAGCUUUGAGGGCCGGCGUCUGCCCAUCUUUAGCCGCCUGUCUGUGUCAGACGAGUAG